AUGCCCUUCUCCCAUCACAGCCAUUCCGGGCAAUUCUGUCCCGGCCAUGCUCAGGACUCUCUCGAAGAGAUUGUUCUGACGGCCAUCUCCAAAAACAUACAAGACUUGGCCCUAACAGAACAUAUGCCACGUCAUGAUCAGGACAGCUAUCCUGAAGAAAUCAAGGCGGGGGUGACACUUGCCUGGCACUUGAACAAUGAGAAGGCAUAUGUCGCCGAAGCCAAGCGACUGCGACAGAAAUAUGCGUCUCGAAUUGGACUUCCUCUGGGGUUUGAGGGCGAAUGGAUCCGGCCUGGAUCGGUUGACCUCAUCAACCAAAGCAUCAAAACGUACCAGUAUGACUUUUUCAUUGGGUCUGUCCACCACGUCCACACUGUUCCGAUCGAUUACGACCGCCAGAUGUACGAACAGGCGCGUGACAUAGCUGGGGGAACAGAUGAACAGCUGUUUGCCGACUAUUUCGAUUCGCAGUUGGCCAUGUUACAAGCCGUGAAGCCACCGGUGGUGGGUCACUUUGAUCUCAUUCGACUCAAGAGCGAUCAUCCCAAUGCGGCAUUCCAGAGCAUGCCGGAUGUGUGGCAACGAAUCCUGCGCAAUCUGGACUUCAUCGCCUCUUAUCACGGCGUGAUGGAAGUGAAUACAGCAGCUCUUCGGAAGGGAAUGGAUGAACCGUAUCCCACCAAAGAAAUAUGCCAGGCUGCUCUCUCGAGAGGCAUCCGCUUCUGUCUGUCCGAUGACAGCCAUGGCGUCGGCCAGUUGGCUUCCCAUUAUGAACGUGCGUUGUCUUUUCUCGACGAGGUUGGAAUGACGUCGGUCACUGUCCUGCGGCACGCUGCAGCUGUUGAGACUGCCUCACACCACGACGAUCGCUUCCCUACCUUGCGAUUAGAUCAAAUAGAGCUCAGCCAGGUGCGCGAACUUGCUUUUUGGGGAAAGCGACCUGCAACGCAACACACGGGCUGA